AAAUAGUUAUAGCGUGUUUUAAUCUGUGCUUUAGAUAAUGCUGUUAAUUGACAGCUUCACGGCGAUAUGAGUUGUCUUCGUAAUUAUUAACUAUAUGUGUUUGGAUUGCUUUUCAAAUUGUUACGUUGUGUGACGACCUUUAGGGAUUUUUUUUUUUUUUUGUCUUUAUAUGUAAUUAAAUAUAAUUGUUCAUUUGUAUUGAUAUAAAUUAGUACGAGCAGCAAUGGUGGACGUAAUUUUGGUUACUGUGGUUGAGUGUGUGAUUGUGUGGUUUGAAGGUAAAAAGAUUUGUGAUUGGACAAAGAGAGAGAAUAUUUUGUGGUUGGUGUGAUUCUGGUUUUCUGGCUGUGGUUUGGUUCUUGUGAAUUUAGAAAUGUAUGGAUUUUCAACGAGCUUUGCAUCAGCGGGAGUGUUUUUGUAGCCUCGGAUGGUAUUCAACACAACAUGAGAUGGAUCGUGAAGACUAUUUGCGGAAGUGUUCCAAUAUGAAAUGCCAAAGAGUUCAGGUGGAUGAAUCAUAUGUACCUGCUCUUCAAGAUGAUGUAACGGAAUUUGAGCAUUUGCUUGCAGAACCUAGAAACAAUCUUGCUCCCCAGGAUGGUAGCUUGGAUUCUCAUACAACUUUGAACAGAAAGGAUGAUUUGGAACUGGAGGUACUUGAUGGAUUGCUAGAUGAUGUGGAAAUUGAUGAUCUUGAAGGAGCUGAAUGUUUCCCGGGUGCAUGUGAAGAAUAUUUUUUUGAUUUUGAAUUUGCUGACAAAUUUGAGGAGGUACUGGGUUCUGGUCCUUUUGAAGGUUCAGAAAGUCAUUCGUCAGGAUUAAGUAGAAGUAGCAUUGUUGGUGGGGUUUUAGAAUCAACAGAAGUACCUAUUGCACAAUCUGAAAGCAAAAAUGAUUCUCUGGAUGAGACAGUAACCUAUGAAUCACAUGGUGCCUUCAGCAACAAUCCUAGUCAACCAUCACAAGGAAAUUGCAGGUACAACAUUUCACUUGAUAUACAGCAUCUGCAAGAGUUGGAUAACUGUCGUCAUUUAGCUGGUGGUAUACUGACUUGUAAGAAGGAAAAGGGUCCUGUCGAAAAAGGCCAACCUGCUGCACUUAGAGAGAAAAGGUUCCGGAAGCCUACUCAAAGGUAUAUUGAAGAAUUUUCAAAUGCGAGGUCAAAGGAAAAGGUACCACCUGCUGGUACAAAAACUAAACAUUCGAGUAACUCAUCAUGUAAUGUACUUCAUAUAAGAAUUAAAUCAUUGAAAAGGAGUCCAAGCGAGAAGUCUAGUAAUGAAAAUAGUGAGGUGAUGCUUCCUGAGUUGCAAGUUAGCAAAGGACAUCAGAAGAAAGAGAAACUUCAGUAUGAGUAUGAAUCAUUUCCCUCGGAAUCUGAGGAUGGAUGUUCAACCACAAAAAGGUCUAGAAGAAAAGAUAGAAGAAAGCAUCAGAAGAUGUGGACUCUCCCUGAAGUGUUGAAGUUGGUUGAAGGUAUAUCUGAAUAUGGAGUUGGUCGUUGGACUGAUAUUAAGAAGUUUUUGUUUUCUUCUUCAAGCUACAGAACUCCCAUAGAUCUCAGGGACAAGUGGCGAAACCUUUUGAGAGCCAGUUCUGUGCAGAAAAACAAGAAAGAGGUUGAGCAAAAUGACGAGUUAGCCCUGCGUCCCUUACCAUUUAAUGUGGUACACCGUGUGCGAGAAUUGGCUAAAAUUCACCCAUACCCAAGGCAACGUGGGUCAAAGAAGUUGCGUGUUAGCCAAACUGGCCCCUCUGUCGUUGCAGAUUCUCCUCCCGUUAGUCUUAGCAAAAGAAAUGUACGUAGAAAGUUUACUUAGAAGAAGUCCAUGUGUAAAACAGUCCAGGGAAAUCUAUAGUCAAAAGAAUGUUGUUGAAAUUAGGUAUCAUAUUUGCACAAUUUUAUACUGUCAAGAAAUUCCUGCAUGUGUAUCUACAAAGGCAUAGAAAUUUUGAAUUGUAAACAUGAGGAAAUCAUUUGUGAUCCUACAAUAGAUUGGGAUGAUGCAUACAUCUCUAACCGCUUCAGUUCUGUGAUUUUCUUAGUGUGCUAGAUCCUGGUCUUCAUGCCCGACUAAUGUGUUUAGAGUUGCGUCUGACUCAAUGCUGCAAAUGAAUGGUUGGGUGGGUGAAGGGAGUUGAUAAUUGAUAAUUGAUAAUGCAUUACAAAUAAAAGUUUCUCGACAUUCUACAA